AAUGGCUUAUCAAAAUUACAGCAUUGGAUCCGACUUCGAAUUUUUCGACGAAAUGGAAAACGAUACAAUGGGAUUUGAUGACGAUAACGGCACAAAGUUUGAUAACGUAACGUACAACCGUUAUGGUCGUGUGAAACUGCGGACGAUUAGCAUGGAUAUUCAGAUAGCCUUUUAUUCCGUGAUAUUUUUAUUGGCUGUAGUGGGAAAUAUUCUAGUUAUUGUAACUUUAAUCCAGAAUAAACGAAUGCGGACGGUAACCAAUGUAUUUUUAUUAAGUUUAGCUAUAAGUGACUUGUUAUUAGCUGUAUUUUGUAUGCCUUUUACCCUUGUGCCAGUUCUACUCAGGAAUUUUAUCUUCGGAGCUGUGAUGUGUGUUCUAAUUCGAUAUCUUCAAGCUGUAUCCGUGGGGGCUAGUUGUUUUACUCUGGUGGCCAUCAGCAUGGAGAGAUAUUACGCCAUUUGUCAACCGCUCCACUCUCGAUCGUGGCAAACUUUGUCCCAUUCCUACAGGAGCAUCGCUGUUUGCUGGGCACUAUCUGCUGUAAUCAUGACACCUAUAGCCGUGUUUCAAUCUCACCGUCGCCUUCCCAGUGGAGCCCAUUCUUGUCGGGAAAAAUGGCCGGAUUCUAAUUGGGAGAAGGCCUACAGUGUGUUCCUGGACCUGGCUUUACUCGUGGUACCAGUGCUGAUCAUGACGAUUGGCUAUGGGUGUGUUAUACGUAACCUAGCCAGAGACGUUAGAACAGAUUGUAAUAUGACCAUGUUUACUAACGGAUCCGAGGUAUCAAGACAACGGUUUGUGAUGCCUAGUUACAGGACAUUGGAAUUGAAACUUUUCAAGGAUUCAUUCCGAAGUGUUUCGUCUGCGUCGUCCACUGAGGAAGGAACCCCUCCCAUCAUGAAAAGAAGUCGUCGCGUUCACAGAAUUCGACACACGAAUCCCGAGAAGAUUCGUCAGAACAAAGUCCGUGUAAUCAAGAUGCUAUUCGUGGUGGUUCUGGAAUUUUUUAUUUGCUGGACUCCCGUUUACGUCGUUCAGACGUGGAUGAUCUUUGAUUUUAGCAGCGCAUCGAAGCACGUGACACCUCUCAUCAAAACCUUUUUCCAUCUGCUGUCGUAUUUUUCCUCAUGUUGUAACCCAAUAACGUAUUGUUUCAUGAAUAAGAAAUUCCGCGAAGCCUUUGUACGGGUGUUCCAGUGUAAGAGUCCGACGCCGCCAUUGAAGGACAGGCGUAGAAAUACAGGACAGCUUCGUCUAGAUUCAAGACGUAGUGAAGCAUUUAAUCCAAAUUCUUCUACUUCCACUAAAAAUAGUUCCAUACGCCAAGUAGAUUACGACCCGAUUCAUGGAGCGGAUGAUUUCAACGAUAACUAAAACAAAAUUCAAUUCUGUACUAAAUUCAACCCUUUCACCGGUAUCAACUUAUAAUGACUGUUCCAUCCGUUUUACGUCAAUUCUCAUUUAGACAUUUUAAGACGGUAAUUAAUUAUGACGGAUGUGACGAACACAAAUGGAUAUGUGUGGAGGCUAUCAGUGUUUGAAAGAGGCAAGUCCUUAACUCAAUAUCAUCUAAAGUCUUCGACAUUGCGAACACGACAUAUUUGUCAAUUUAAAUUAACAUUGAUGUUGUUGUCUUACCGUGAAAAGAUGGGUUUCUGAUAUCCUAUAUUUAAGACACAAUCUAAAAUUUAAAAUUGGCACACGAAUCUCGUGCCGGAAUGCUUUCGAGCGCUAUUUGUAAUGAAGCGACUCGAUGAACAUAUCCCAGAGAAGAAUACUACCGGUGUAGACUGAAAUAGCACGACUGCCAUUCAAUUUGGACCCUUUGCGUAUUUCGCAGAACAUAAUUGAUUAGAAAUUACAGAAAAAAACCAGAAACGAUUGAAUGUAGAUCAGUUUAUAUACAUUUAAAUUACGCUGUGUCCAUUUCUCGGUGCCAAAGAAUAUGAUUUAGCGCCUUUAAGUCGGUCAAGUGUGAGUAAGGUCAGACAAUCGUAGUUUAAUGUCUCAGUGAGUAAGGUGUUGGCUUACUAACCAAGAAGUAUGGGGUUCGAUCCCGGUGUUGAUCGAUAAUGUUUCUCGUGAUUUCUUCUUGUCAGACGUGCAGGACGAAGAGGGCCUUACAAGAAACAACGUCUAGUCGUUCGGGUGAAAUCAAAAAGCAGAUCGUAGUCUCGCUAUCCGGUAAAUAUUUCCCUCGUAGCACACCUAUGGCAUCAGUCAGUCUUCAUUAUGAGGGUUGGUGCAAGGGAGUAGGACGUUAAGUCCCAUUUCAUUUAUAUUUAGCACGAAAUUAAUUACCAAUUUCUGACAAGGGGUUUAUUUGUCUUUUGGAGCGCAUGCCCGACAUCAAUACAUUUAAGACUUGUUUGCUAUACAUUCCAAUAUUGACAUUCAACAUUUUACCAUCUAGGUCGUUGGUACUAUAAUCGUUGAGUUAUCGCGUGGAACAAUAUCGGUGUUCUCUAGUUUGAUGUAAAAGCAAACUAGCUGAAUGUGAAACAUAUCUGGAUUCUGAUUUAGCCUCUAGCAAACACGGCCUAACAUAAAAUUGUCAAAUAUUUCGCGCUAUUUAGAACCAGUCAUACGAGAUUGGUCAAUGAUUAUGGAUCCUCCUUCAUUAGCAUGUUUUUUUUUAUUACUGACAAUCGUAAUUAGCAGACAUUUUCUAUCAUUUGAACCAAUGACAAAACAAAACAAAGUAUCGUGUACUCUUACUCUAUGCUCUCUCAUUUAACCCACAUUUUGUCAUAAAAGUUUACAGAAUAAUUUCGCUAGAUGUAAAAUCAGGAAAUUGUAUCAAAUGUUCUCGAAAGAGCAUUUCCUUACUCUUACACUACACAGGUUACUAAUUGGACUUGGAUUCUAGGAGCUAGGGUUACUCGGUAACAACAUUUAAUAUUGCGGCUGUAUGAAUAAUGUGCAUGCGGAUUUAAAUGGUAAAAGCUUAAAGCCUGACGUACGUCACCUAUAUUUGGCAACUCAGUUGCUAGCGUUAAAGUCAUUAUUCAUUGCCGUCAGAGUGGUGUGCUCACAGGUGAUAUGUUCCAGCAAUUAAUUGGGAAAUCAAAUAUAAAUUUCUUACAAAUUGCUUAAGAUAAUCGCUGAUUUCAGUUUAACGUGUAGGCGCGGAGGAUUUGCCGUUGGAGAGAGAGAGAGAGAGAGAGAGAGAGAUGGGUUUAACGUCCACUCGACACAAACUAGGUCAUUUCGGGACUAACAUGGUUUUAAUUUUAUUUCAAUAAUUCGCUUGCGCGUAUGGGUCUUUAGCAGUGGGGGGGGGGGAAACCGGAGGACCCGGAGAAAACCCACGAGGUUGGACAGGCGACCCUACUCCUUAUCACGUACAACCGGUGAUUCUUUGCCGUUGGAGCACUAGGGUAUGUUGGUUAAGAAUUGAAAAUACACUUCUUCAACUGUUUUAUUGCUUGGUAGGUAGAAACUUUGAGAGAAUGAUGAUCUUCAGACUCACAUUGUUAAAUAUAUUUUAACUUAAUAAUAUGUUCAUCUUUUGAGUUUAAACGCGUUUCUUGCGGAUUGCAUUGGUUUCAUGUGGUAUGUUUCAAGAGAACAAAUCAGCAGAUAUUAGCGGUUACACUUGUCAUACGGUAUAAAUCACGCUAGUCUCCAUCGCUCCAGUCACAUACGCCUGCGAAUACAUUGCCUCAUCCAACGAAUGAACAAUUAUAAUAUAAUAUGUUUUUUUUUUAGUUCAGAUCAAACUUGUAUACACCAGCGCUAGAAACGUUUAUUAGUUAUGUUAAUUAAAUAAAUAAUUUGAGUAAUAUAUGUGAGAGAGUGUCUAAGAGAAGGAGCACAGACACAAUUCAUUUUUAAAAAAAGAAGGUAUAUAUAUGUUUUAUAAAUAUGGUCUGUGAACUGAUCCAACGAACAAACAAUUACAAUAGUGCAAGCAGUAUAAUCAUGUUAUUAUUUGUUGAAUUUCAUUGUUCUGUUUCUUUGU